GGUUGGACUUGUGCUAAAGACUGGUUUUACUUCAACGGCUCAUGCUAUCGAGCUUAUAACACGCAACUGUCUUGGUUUUACGCAAGGGCCGCUUGCCAGGAAAACGGAGGGGAUCUGCUCAGCAUAAACUCUAAUGGAGAGCAGCAGUUCGUGUACCGACGCAUGGCAAUAAAAAAAACGUUCUGGAUCGGCCUGGUGAAAGAUCAAAGUUCUAAAAAUUUUCGCUGGUCGAAAGGCGAGGAGCUAACUUAUCUGAACUGGAUUUGUCACCCGGACAUUUCGGGUCAUGAGGACUGCGGUGAGAUGACAGACUAUGGUUCAUUUCACGGCCAGUGGAACGACAAUAGCUGCUCCAAAAAACAGCCAUACAUUUGUGAAAAAGGUUAAGUAAAUCAUUCACCUCAGGCACUUAGUAGUAUGAAACACUGCCUUUUUCUGAUAGAGAUACAAUCAUGGUAAUUUUUCUGAUGGCAAGUUUUUAGUUGUAGUCAUCAGUAGUCCCCAGAGAAAUAUUUAACCAUGCACUGCAUCAGUUUUGACUCCCUGUAUUCUGCGGUAGGUCUAGAAAGCUUAUACAAACGUAGUAACUGAUCAUGUAAAAAACAAAAAAUAAUCAUGCUUUGGGCACUCGUAUUUUCCCGUGCGUCUUGCAGUUCACCUGCUCCCUUACUCGGAAUAAUUAAUAAUUAAUUCUAAAGAAACUGUGGUGCUGCGUCAGUGUUGGGUAUAACAUUGUAAUUUGGUGUUAAAGCUGACGUUUCGAGCGUCAGCCCUUUGUCAGAGCGCUAUGGUUACUUUUAUUUCUUGUAUGUAGGUAAACAUGAUAUUUAUUGAUCAAGUCUCGAACUUGGUCCUUGUAAAAUAAAAUGUGUAAAUAAAAACAGGAAGAAGCAACUGGAAUAACACAGAAGUAUGUCCAAACUAACAAAGAAUCUAAUAACUCUUUAACGCCCAAGAUCUGAUUGUUAAUUCUUGUUACCUUUUUGCUGGAUAGUUCAUGGGUAUGGUAGGGAGAAGUUACUUGUUAAUCACUUUUGGGAGUUAAAGGGUGAAUAGGAAAAUAACGUUCAUCCCACGAGCUGAUUAGUAACGAACAACAUUUUGUAUCGAAACAGAUGCAGCAAACGGAAGAUAUUUCAAGAGAUUACCAAACACCCAGCUGACUAAGCAUGUGAUUCAUCAAUUGGUAGUACAAAGUGACAUUGAAUGUUUGCUUUGGUGUCGACGCUCUCAAAACUGCACAUCAGUUAAUUACAGACCAGGGGAGGCGCCAUCAACGAGCCUUUGUGAGAUAAAUGCUGCCAUCGCAAACGAGUUUCCUGAAGAUCUGGUCGAGAGCGAGGAAUGCGAUUAUUACGAGGCUUUAGGUUGA